AGGAAAGGAGAAGUUGUACACAUCUGGCCCCAGAGCAGUCACAUCUGGCCCCAGAGCAGUCACAUCUGGCCGCAGCAGCAGUUGGAGUGCCUGGGCUGGGCGGAGCUCCGGAGGCCCCUGGGAGCCCGUAAAGCUUAAGAAGGAGGAGGAUAGUGGUGGCGAGGGGGGCGUGGGACUCCACCUCCUCCUCCCACCCACUUAGAACCAAAGGAGGGCGCCUCCGCCCUCCUCCCCUCCCCUUUCUUCUCCUCCAGUCCUCUCCCCUCCCGGCCCCACUGCCUCCAGCCCAGCCCAGCCCGCCACAGCUGUUCGGGCCGUCCUAGCCCGGUGGGCCCAUGGAGCCUCGACAGGGCUUUCUGCGCCGUGGGGGAGUUCGGGAGCUGCCAGAGGCGCUUCGUGGCCGUGCUGGUGGGGUUACAGCAUUACAGAAUCAUGAGUUCAGAGACCCCUUGGUCCAACCCCCUGAUCUGACAGAGGAAGAGCAGAAGGAUCAGAAAGGCCUGCUCCCUGAAUCACCAAGGUGGCUGCAUUCCCAAGGGGCUGUGGAAAAAGCUGAGGCCAUAAUGCACUACAUAGCUUGUGGUAAUGGAAAAGAGGGACUGAGGAUAAAAUUGAAACCCCUUGGAGGGUCAGAGAAAAGCCAGGACUCAGCACCUGGGGUUCUCAACCUCGUGACACACCCAGUCCUGCGCUGGUGCACCGUCAUCCUCCUGUAUGUUUGGUAUGUGUGUAGCCUGGUAUACUAUGGCCUUACUUUGAAUGCUGGUGAGCUCAAAGGAAAUCUGUACCUGAAUAUAGCUUUGUAUGGUCUGGUGGAAGUCCCAGCAUGCCCUCUGUGCAUAUACUUCAUUGAGAAGCCCUGGGCAGGGAGACGGAAAACCACCUCUGCUUUUCUCAUUUUUUCAAGAUUUGCCUGCAUCUUGACCAUGUUCUUAAAUGAAUGUUCAGGUUUGUUUUGGAAUCCCAUGCUGCUGGCCUUGAGUGCUACCUUCAACACGGUCUACAUCUAUACCUCAGAACUCUACCCUACAGUAACAAGGAAUGCUGGCCUGUUCAAUGACUUGCAGACUUGGUGGUAUAUUGGUUCCUUUUGUACCCACCAUGAAAUCUAUCAGCCCAUCUGUCCCCUUUGUGGUGUUUGGCAUCAGUGGGCUGUCAGCAGGACUCUUGGAUCUACUUCUUCCAGAAACUCUAAAUCGACCAAUAACAGAGAACCUUCAGGAUCUGCAGGCCUCAGAAACCUAAGUGCUAAGAAGGCAUAGUAAGGACUGAGCAAAGGAGUCCAUGCAAUAAUGCUGAAUAGAGGAGUUUGCAUUUGACCCUGGCAGUAAUGGGGAGCCAAUGGAGUUCACAGGGCAGAGGAAUGACAUGGCAGUUGGGAUUAAGUGACUUGCCCAGGGUCACACAGCUAG